AUGGCUUCUAUGUUCGAGCAGUCCGGCAACGGGACUCUGUUCCUGGGCGGCCAGAAGAUCUCUGGCGCCGAUAUCAGAGACCAGAACGUUUCUGCUACACAAGCCAUCGCGAAUGUCGUCAAGAGCUCCUUCGGCCCGAGCGGUCUCGACAAGAUGAUGGUGGACGACAUAGGAGAUGUCACAGUUACGAAUGACGGUGCGACUAUCCUCAGCUUAUUAGACGUCGAGCACCCUGCUGGCAAGAUUCUGGUCGACCUCGCGCAGCAACAAGACAAGGAAGUGGGUGAUGGCACAACGUCGGUGGUUCUAAUCGCGGCAGAACUCCUGCGACGAGCGAAUGAGUUGAUGAGGAACAAAAUACACCCGACUACAAUCAUCACCGGGUACCGACUUGCUCUGAGAGAGGCCGUCAAGUACAUGAACGAGAACGUCAGCACCAAGGUGGAGAAUCUGGGACGCGAAUCUCUCAUCAACAUUGCGAAGACGUCCAUGUCCAGCAAGAUCAUCGGUUCAGACUCAGACUUCUUUGCGAACAUGGUGGUGGACGCAAUGCAGGCAGUGAAGACGACGAACAACCGCAACGAGACCAAAUACCCGGUAAAGGCAGUCAACAUUCUGAAGGCACACGGCAAGGGCGUUUUGGAGUCGGUGCUGGUCAAGGGCUACGCUUUGAACUGCACCGUUGCUUCCCAGGCGAUGACCACCCGGAUACAAGAUGCGAAAAUUGCGGUAUUGGACAUGAACCUGCAGAAAGAACGGAUGAAGCUCGGUGUACAAAUCACAGUGGACGAUCCCAAACAGCUGGAGCAGAUCCGUCAAAGAGAAUCUGGAAUGGUUAUGGAGAGAGUCGAGAUGAUCCUCAAGGCCGGCGCAAAUGUCGUCCUGACCACGAAGGGUAUCGAUGACAUGUGCUUGAAGAUGUUCAUCGAGCGUGGCGCUAUGGCUGUUCGGCGAUGCAAGAAGGAGGACCUGAGACGGAUCGCUAGGGCAACCGGCGCAACUCUGCUCAGCACACUAUCCGACUUGAACGGUGACGAACGGUUCGAGCCAUUAUAUUUGGGUCACGCAGAGGAGGUUGUCCAGGAGCGUAUCUCGGAUGACGAAUGCAUCAUGGUCAAGGGCACCAAGACGCACUCGUCUGCUUCUAUCCUCCUUCGCGGACCGAACGACUUUUCGCUGGACGAGAUGGAGCGGUCUGUACACGACUCGCUCUGUGCCGUCAAGCGAACACUAGAGAGUGGCAGCAUCGUACCCGGCGGCGGUGCAGUGGAAACAGCUCUGCAUAUCUACCUGGAGGAGUUUGCCGGCACAGUCGGUUCGAGAGAACAGCUUGCCAUCGGAGAAUUCGCACAGUCUUUGCUCGUCAUCCCCAAAACGCUUGCGGUAAAUGGGGCAAAGGACGCGAGUGAGCUGGUGGCACAGCUGCGGUCGCGACAUGCGUUGUCUCAACGGACACAAGACGGCGAGGGCAACGAUGACGAGAAGAUGACGGCACGCAAGAAGGGCUACAAGAAUUACGGCUUGGACCUGAUGAAGGGCAAGGUGGUGGACGAGAUCAAGGCGGGUGUGCUGGAGCCGAGCAUGAGCAAGGUCCGGCAGCUCAAGAGUGCGGUAGAGGCGUGUAUCAGUAUCAUGCGGAUCGAUACCCUGAUCAAACUAGAUCCGGAGGAGAGAGGAGAGCCGGACGACGGUCACGGCCACUGA